AUGGUCCAAUUUGGAGAGAAGCCAUCUACGGGAACCCUCUUCCGCGCGUCACAAUUCCUCUCCGAGGAACUGCCCAUACGGUUAGCACACCGAGUGCAAGAACUCAAUGAACUUCCAGAUGGCCUCAAUGAGAUGCCGUCUAUACAAAGAGUGCGCGAUUGGUAUGCGCAGUCGUUUGAAGAACUCGUCGAACUACCCCGGCCGACCCUCUCGAGCGAGAUCAAAGAGCGACUACUAAAACCAGCCAAGAAGAGCGGCGACAAGAACUUGAUGAGCAAGCCGACCCAGAACCCUAGCAUCAAGACUGGACAAUACCGAUCCGCGCCGACGACGAAUGGCAACGGAAAUGGAAACUCGAACGGAAACGGCGGUGGCAUCACAAAGGAAGUCAAGGGCGCAAGCCGAAGAUACUAUGCUGCGGCUGACGACGGACAAGACUGGCCACCAGAGCUGGGCGCAUACAACACAAAGUUCGCAGACACAUUGGAGAAGAUCAAGAGGCGGCAUGACAGCGUCGUGACCACCGUUGCGCAGGGCAUCCUUGAGUGGAAACGCAAGCGACAAAGGAUGCAGAUCGACCACAAUAUCCAAGCUUUCCUCGACCGUUUCUAUAUGUCGCGUAUCGGUAUUCGUAUGCUCAUCGGCCAGCACAUCGCCCUGACAGACCAACGCUCGCGGACCGAUCCCAACUACGUCGGAAUAAUUUGCACAAAGACCAAUGUCAAAGAACUCGCCCAGGAAGCUAUUGAGAAUGCGCGCUUCGUUUGCGAGGAUCACUACGGACUCUUUGACGCACCAAAGGUCCAGCUCGUAUGCAAUCCGGACAUCAGCUUCAUGUACGUGCCUGGACAUUUGUCACAUAUGCUCUUCGAGACCCUCAAGAACUCGCUUCGUGCUGUGGUGGAGAGACAUGGUGAAGAUAAGCAAGAGUUCCCUGUGACCAAGGUCAUCGUUGCAGAGGGCAAGGAAGAUAUCACCAUCAAGAUUUCGGACGAAGGAGGCGGCAUCCCUAGAUCCUCCAUUCCACUAGUAUGGACGUACAUGUAUACGACUGUCGACCAAACGCCGAGCCUGGACCCUGACUUCAACAAGAGCGACUUCAAAGCUCCCAUGGCUGGAUUCGGUUACGGAUUACCCAUAUCGAGGCUAUACGCACGCUACUUUGGAGGAGAUUUGAAGUUGAUUUCCAUGGAAGGAUAUGGCACCGACGUCUACCUCCACCUCAACCGCCUCUCCUCGUCAUCAGAACCUCUGCAAUAG